AUGUCGGAAAUAAGGUCAAAUGUCAGUUGUGAAGCGCAGCGACUGCCAGGGGUGAAUGGCUGCCCAGACAAGACAUACCCAAACACUACGAGUGCUUUAAGCAUCCUCGCGUUUUCGGGGCGGUGCGGAAAUGCUAUGCCACGUCCCAAGUACACACGCCCGUACGAGAGCUUACCCGUGAGGCGUGAGGCAAAAAGGAGUGAGUGGAAGAGGCCACAGAACCACGUACAACCUCCCUACAACACUCCCAACCCCACACAACCUCCCUACAACACUCCCAACCCCACACAACCUCCCUACAACACUCCCAACCCCACACAACCUCCCUACAACACUCCCACCCCACACAACCUCCCUACAACACUUCCGACCCCACACAACUUUCCCUAUAACCCACAGAACCACGUACAACCUCCCUACAACACUCCCAACCCCACACAACCUCCCUACAACACUCCCAACCCCACACAACCUCCCUACAACACUCCCAACCCCACACAACCUCCCUACAACACUCCCACCCCACACAACUUUCCCUACAACCCACAGAACCACAACCUCACCAGAACCUUCAAUCGAACCCUCACAACCCCAUUCUACAACCUCUAUAACCUCACCACGACCUCUGAACCUUGUUAA